GUUAGUUGCUUUAGUCUACACGUUAGUAGGAAGUCUCGCUACUGUUUUUUUAAGGAGAAUGCGGCCACUUAACGACGAGGAAACGAAGCAGCUCUUCGACAAGCUUGCGCAGUACAUCGGCGCCAAUACGACUCAUCUGCUCGAACGCAAGGGUGAGGAGGAGCAUGUGUUCCGCCUCCACAAAAGUCGCAUCUGGUACAUGCCUCUUCGUCUCGCUAAGUUGGCAAGUUGCGUCUCCAAGAACAAUCUCAUGGGCAUUGGAGUUCUUUUCGCAAAGAUCACCCACAAUGGCAACAUUCGCAUCCAGGUAACUGCUCUGGAGUAUAUUGCGCAGUACUCACUGUUUAAGAUUUGGGUGAAGCCUAACCAGGAACAGAAGUUCCUCUACGGCGGAAACGUGACCCGUGCCGGCCUUGGUCGGAUUACGGAAGCCACUCCCAAGUACCAGAAGGUUGCGGUCUUCUCCAUGGGUGAUAUCCCGCUAGGCUUUGGUGUCGCCGCCCAGAGCACGCUAGAGUGUCGCAAAUGUGAAAUGAACUCUCAGGUUCUCUUCCACGAAGCGGAUGUCGGCGAGUACUUGCGUGACGAGGCCCGGAUGACGUAA